AUGGCCAGCGAGGACGAGCCGUUGGGUUUAGAAGCAGUGAACCAGGCUGAUCUCCUUACCAGGAUCAGGCAAGCACAAAGCUUGGAUGAGAACCUCCAGAAGGUUGCUCUGAAUGAUAAAACCGAGUACCAGGUUGCGAGUGAUGGUACGAUUUUGGUCCAUGGGAGGAUCAGUGUUCCGAAUGUAAGGGAACUAAAGGAAGAGAUUAUGAGUCAGUCUCAUAAGUCUAAGUUCUCUGUGCACCCGGGACUGAACAAGAUGAAUAGAAAGGAUUCGGUUUGGGUAGUGGUGGAUCGUCUGACCAAGUCAGCUCUGUUCAUACCAAUCAAGAAGACUGAUGGUGUGGAGCCCUUGGUACAGAUUUACAUGGAACAGGUGACACUUGCCAUUGGUAGAGUUUGCUUACAACACAGCUUCCAUACCAGUAUUGGGAUGUCGCCCUACGAAGCUUUGUACGGACGGCCCUGCAGGACACCAUUAUGCUGGACCCAAGUGGGGGAGCGCAGCAUGAUAGGACCUGAGAUAGUGGAGGAGACCACGGAGAAGAUUAAGUUCAUCCGUGACAAGAUGAAGGAGGCACAGGACCGUCACAAGUCUUAUGCGGAUAAGAGAAGGAAACAUGUUGAGUUUGAGGUGGACGACAUGGUCUACCUCAAGAUGAUUACUUUCAGAGGUCGGAAAAGGGUUUCUGGCCGAGGGAAGUUGGAUCCAAGGUACUUGGAUCAAGACAUUGUGAUACCGGAAAUUCCAUCUGAUCUAGGCACGAACCUCACCUUGGAGACAAGGCCGGUUCGGAUUGUAGACAGGAUGGAAAAAGCAAUGAGGAACAAGACCAUUCAAAUGGUCAAAGUCGUGUGGGAAUGCAGUGGGCAAGAACAAGUCACUUGGGAAACCGAGAUGAGAAUGAAAGCUGACUAUCCAGAGUGGUAUG